AUGAAUAUCCUUCAUUCGCCAAUAUUCCGCGGAGUAUUAUCGAGAACCAACGGCGGGUUUGCAGUUGAAAACAGUCAAGAAUAUCCAUCCGAGAUGGCUGUUUAUGAAUGGGUCGGUGUAUGGAAACAUCUAACGUUGCGGGGUGAUUGGUCGAGAGAGGAUGGAAUCAACUUCUCAUCAUUUAUCAUUCGAAGUAUACAGGGUACUGGAUGGGAUAUCCACGAUGGCCCCUGGCAUUUACCAUUUAUCGGUGAGAAACAGAGGGCUUUCGAGGAGAAAUAUAAUGUUCGAAUUGCGUUGAUUACAUACGAAGGGGACGAGAGUAUUAGACGAUAUCUCUGUAUCUUCGAUUGCAACAAGCGCGACACAUUUCUCUGCUUGUAUUAUGCUUCGGCUCGAUACUUCCAUAUUUACAUGGGUUUUCCCUUCGAUUUCGAGAAAUACGAGCAAAUGCAGUUGGGCAUCAUCGCAAAAGACGAGACCAUGAAAGUGACAUCAGAGAAGAUCAAUGAAUGGACGCAUAAACGGACAAUGGAACCGAAAAAGGAGGGGGGAAAGCCGCUGGUAUGGACGGCAAACCAUCGACCGACAUUCGAUGAUAUCAAUUGUUUUGACUAUUUGAAGGGUCCACUACCAGAUAUGUCUUAUUGUCAUGAAUUCCAUGAAAUGUGC